CGGCUGUUCCAUAACUCAGUGGGUGAAACCCUCAGAGGUUCCAGCUGAAGCAGAAAGAAGGGGAAGCCAUGGGCAACUCACAGGGAGAGGAGCAGCUGGCUCAGCCAGCUGGAACUGAGGCCUGGGGUCAGGGAGCCAUCUUCAAAUCACGACUCUGGGAUGUAAACCAGAAAUCCCUCUACCUUCAGAACAAUGAACUAAUAGCCGGAUACUUGCAAGCUCCCAACUCUGCACUGGAAGAAAAGAUUUUCUGGAUCCGCAACCGGGCCUUUGGCCAAAAGAACUUCCCAGUCAUCCUGAGCAUUCAGGGCGGGAAGAGCUGCCUGGCCUCCUCUCCUGGCUCCCCACCUGAGCUGCAGUUGGAGAGCAUCAACAUCACAGACCUGUGCAAAGAUAAAGAGGCCUCCGCCCGCUUCACCUUCUUCAUGUCUAACAAAGACGGGAUAUGGCGUUUCGAGUCAGCUAUCCACCCGGGCUGGUUCCUCUGCACUUCUUCCAAAGCCAACGAACCCAUUGGGCUGAUCAAUGAUCCAGGCUCUUCUCAUCUGGUGGACUUCUACUUUCAGCCUGAGUCUUAGCUGGCCUCUCCACCUCCCUCCAAAGCACAAAGCCCACCCCUCGUAGUCUCACAGCUGCUCCUUUCUCUAAGUCCAAGCAUUUCUGCAGGGUGGGGUCGCUUUUCAGGAGAACAAAGCGGCAGGGAAGAGAUGCCGUGUUUCUAGACUUAGCGGACACUCAUAGCUCACUUUCUGGAUUCAGAAAUUCAGGUUUUGCAGCUAGCAGACACAAAAUUAUCUGCAGACCUCCAAAGCUACGAGUGCAAAAUAUGCCAGCCAAUUUAUGAGCUCUGGUUUCCCACAAAGGAAUUAAAUACCUUUAAAGUAACUGUAUUGACUGCAUUUCAUUCUAAUGAUUUCAAAAUAUGCAUUAAAUAAAAAAACUCAUUUUGUCUUA